AUGGUAAUCAGCAUCAUGCACCGACCCGAAGAAAUCUCAGAAAGCGAGUUUGCACGCUUGCUCGCCCAGUAUCCAGCCGUUGUGCGAACAGUAUCCGACUCCAAGCCUGCCAAGCCAGGUCAGAAGUCGCUGCAGCUUCUCGAUCAGUUCCGCUACGUCGAUGCCCCCGACAGCUUUGGCCGUGUCGAGCCCCAGCAUGAGAUGACCCUCGACGAGGUCGAGCGACUGGUCGAGUGGAAGCUGUCAGUCGGAACUCAUAUGCCCUCGCGGUAUCCCCGCCCGCUAAUGACGCGCAGUCGUCAUGGAAAAUUUCGUCCAACUCUCAUGUCCCUCGUCUCGUCGAACGCGCCGUCACUCGUCCAAUCCACCAUCGCCGAGGCCAUCGACGCCUACCGCAGCUCCUCCUCCCCCUCCCCCUCCUCCCCUCCUUCCAGCGGCGCCAUUGCCAAAGCCAUCACCACCCUCGCCAAGCUCAGGGGCAUCGGCCCGGCGACCGCCUCCCUACUACUCAGCGUGCACGACCCCGAGCGCGUCAUCUUCUUCUCCGACGAGGCUUUUUAUUGGCUAUGCAGCGACGGAAGCAAGGCCUCCAUCAAGUACAAUGCUCAUGAGUACAGCGCUCUGUGCGACCGCGCUGCCACCCUGGUGCGGCGCCUGCGUGUUUCCGCCAUGGACAUCGAGCGGGUGGCGUACGUCAUCAUGAGGCAACCUGUCGACGAUGGCAAGGUUGUCAAGGAACAAAAAGCCCGAACCACGCUGCCGAAGCAGCAGGCCACGUCGGCGAAGCGCAAGACAAUGUCAACCUCGGCCCAGGCCACACGAGCCAUCGAUACGCCUGGUGUACGGCGGUCGAAGCGGCUAAAAUCCUGA